GUCGCCUCCGAUUUCAUCCAGAAGCACGUUGCACCCCGCCGUGCCGCCGCUGCUGCUGCUGGUGACGGUGUGACAGCAACGCGUGUGAUUGUAUCGAGCCACAACUACAGCGUGACUCCGCCGCUGGAGGAGCUGCGGGUGCUGGUGGCGCGCAUAGAGGCUGCCGGCGCCGACAUUGUGAAGUUUGCCACUACGGCCACUGAUAUCACUGACAAUGCACGCGUGUUCCAAAUACUCAAAGAGGCUCAGCGUCCCACCAUAGCGCUGGUCAUGGGACCCAAGGGCCUCAUCAGCCGCCUCCUCGCGCCCAAAUUCAACGCCUUCCUCACAUUCGGGGCGAUCGCCCCGGGCGCUGAGUCAGCGCCAGGUCAGCCGACGGUCGCUGAGCUGGCGGGCACGUACAGGCUGGCGGGGGUGGGCCCGGCAACGCACGUGUUUGGGCUGGUGGGGAACCCGGUGGGGCACAGCAAGGGCCCUGUGCUGCACAAUGCGGCGCUGCGGCAUGUGGGGUAUGACGGCGUGUACGUGCCCUUCCUCGUGGACGACGUGCCGGGGUUUCUCAAGGCGUUUGACAGUCCGGACUUCAAGGGGUUCAGUGUGACCAUUCCGCACAAGCUCGCGGCGUUGGAGUGCUGCCAAGAUGUGGAGCCUCUUGCCAAGAGCAUAGGCGCUGCCAACACCAUCAUUCGGGGGGAGGGCGGGCGGCUGAUGGGGUACAACACAGACUGCAUGGCGGCCAUAGAGACCAUCGAGGAUGGACUCAGGCAGGCAGAAGGAGGCAGUAGCAAUGAGGAAGCUUUCUCUUCCCCGCUCGCCGGGCGCCUCUUUGUGGUUGUAGGGGCGGGGGGUGCCGGGAGGGCUCUGGCCUUCGGUGCUAAGGAGAGGGGCGCGGAUGUGAUUAUAACGAAUAGGAGCUAUGGCAAGGCGGAGGCGCUGGCUGCGGCUGUGGGCGGCACUGCCGUGCCUCUGCCGUCCGGUUCUGGUGACGUGGCAGCGGAUGAGCUGGCGGCGGUGUUGCAGGAGAUGCAGAGAGGGAGGAGUGGGCGUGCUGUGCUGGCGAAUACGACUUCUGUGGGCAUGCACCCUCAUGUGGAUGAUACUCCUGUCAGCAAGGCUGUGCUGCAGGAGUGCAGUUUGGUGUUCGACGCGGUAUACACUCCCAUGGAGACCCGCCUGCUCAAGGAGGCGAAGCAGGCAGGAGCUGCAACAGUCAGCGGCGUUGAGAUGUUUGUUGGCCAGGCGGCUCGACAAUUCGAGCUCUUCACUGGAAAGCCAGCUCCUGUGUCGUUGAUGCCGGAGGAGCCUCCGCGCGCGCGCACUCUCCGCAAUGCCGCCAAGCGCUGGAGCGUGCCGGCCGUCCUGCACCCCGCGUCGGGCCGGCUCGUCCCCAUGGACGACUGGGCGAUCUCCGCCGCCGUCUCCGCGCAUAGCGACGGCGCGCCGGCCGCCGCUCAUUCCGGCGCGUCUUCCGGCCACGACGAUUUCUUGAAGAAUCUCACGAACCGCAGCCGGAAGUGGAUUGGCGGCGGCGCUCGCACGGCCGGCAGGCCCGGGACGGCGUCGUUCCGCGACGCGGAUAACGCGGCGGCUGCGACGGGCGCGGCGCCGGCCGCGCCGCCGUCGCUGAAUAACGUGCCGGAUCCGGUGCUGCUUAAGAUUCUGAUGCGCGUGGAAUCGCCACGAGACCGGGCGGCUUGCGCGCUGGUCUCCCCGCGCUGGUUCUGGCUGGAGAAGCGUUCUCGUCGCGCCGUGACCCACCUGGACCUCUCCCAGCCGUCGCGCUUCCUCGAAUCCCUCCCCCUCGCCUUCUUCCCGCGCGUCACCUCGCUCGCCCUCAACUGCUCGCUCUACCGCCGCCCCUGCUCCGCGGACAGGCUCUAUGACUUCAGGGAACUGCACUCCCUGGUGUUGGAAGGCGGGCGUAAUGUUACCCACAUUGACAAUAUUUCCAAGGAGAUCUCCAUCAAGAUGCUAACCCAGGAGCUGGCCCAGUGCUCCGCCCUGCGCCAUCUGGUCAUCUCCCAAACCGUCAAGGGCAACCCGCGCCUGCUCGAACGCGCCUUCUCCUCCCUGCCCCUGCUCACCUACCUCGACCUGGGCAACCUCAAGAUCGAAACCCCGGGGGCUUCCGGGCCCCCGCUGCUGGGGGCGACGGAUGGGAUGCUGAGGGAGGUAGCGCGGUGGUGUGCGGUGGUGGAAGAGGUGUAUGUGGGGCCGCAUGCGACGGUGGUGGGGGUGGAGGCGGUAGCGGGGAAGUGCAAGCAGCUGAGGGUUCUUGGGGAUGUGACUGCUGCCUGCCGAGACUCGAUGCAUGUGAUGAAUAAGUGGGCCACGAACGAGGCUCUAGAGGAGGUGGGCCGCUCGUGCCCGUCCCUGCGCUCGCUGCUCAUCCGCUGCAACGCAGACAUCACAGACGCAGGCCUGGUGGCACUGGCAGCACUCAACCCCAACCUCACCCACCUCAACGUAUUCGCCCUCGCGCACUCCCUCACCUACAUCUCCCUCGUCUCCGCCGCCCGCCACUGGACCUCCCUCGAAACCCUCAUCCUGCCCUUCUGUGAGCGAGACGACCGCGCCGACCUGCCCGACCUGGUAAAAGCCCUUUCUUCGAGGUGCCCGAAGCUGAAAGUUUUUUCGAUCGGGCUGUGCGCGCAUAGGUACUUUGAAGCGUUGUUGGAGCUGCUGGGGUCGUGUUCGUCGCUGGAGUAUGUGUAUCUGUAUGAGAGCUGCCAGGAGGGGCAUGAAUUCACCAUGGCUGAUCUGAGGAAGGCUGCUGCCAAGGAGAAGAGGAAGCCUCUGAUCUGCUACGCUGCUGGGUCGGCUGAAGGAAUCUGA